UUUGACCCUUCCCUUUUGUCCAGAGAGCCGCUUUGGAGCUAUGUGGCUCUUGGCCCGCCUGUGCCUUGUGCUUUGUUUCCUGGGGGGAGUGAACUGUACCUGCCCCUCUCAGUGCUCCUGUGAGCAUCACAGCAGACAUGACGGCUCAGGAUCAAGGUCAGUGCUGUGUAACGACCUGGAUAUGAAUGAAGUCCCAACAAACUUCCCUGUGGACACCUCGAAGCUUCGCAUAGAGAAAACCGUGGUCCGCAGGAUCCCCGCCGAGGCCUUCUACUACCUGGUGGAGCUGCAGUACCUCUGGCUGACUUACAACUCAGUGGCCAGCAUAGAAACCAGUAGCUUUUAUAACCUAAAGCAGCUGCACGAGUUGCGUUUGGGUGGGAAUUCUCUGACUGCUUUCCCUUGGGUGUCUCUGCUGGAUAUGCCCCGCCUGAGGACGCUGGACUUACACAAUAACAGAAUAGCCAGUGUGCCAAAGGAGGCGGUCAGAUAUCUGAGGAACCUUACCUGCCUAGAUUUGUCAAGCAACAGACUGACUACACUGCCACCAGAUUUCCUGGACAGCUGGUCUCAUUUAGCAAUGACACCUUCUAGAAGCCCAGACCUUCCACCGAGAAGAAUUAUUCUUGGUUUACAGGACAACCCUUGGUUCUGUGACUGUCACAUUUCCAAAGUGAUUGAGCUGUCAAAAGUCGCCGACUCUGUUAUUGCACUUCUUGAUCCUCUGAUGGUCUGCAGCGAACCCGAGCACCUCCAAGGAAUCUUGUUUCAGAGGGUGGAGUUGGAAAAGUGUCUGAAGCCAUCGGUGAUGAUGUCGGCUACCAAAAUCACAUCUGCUCUGGGCAGUAAUGUUCUGCUGAGGUGUGAUGCCAAGGGCUACCCCACCCCACAGCUGUUGUGGACCAGAUCUGACAGCUCGCCAGUUAACCAUACAGUAAUUCAGGAGUCUCCAGGAGAAGGAGUCAGAUGGUCCAUCAUAAGCUUGACAGGAAUCUCCGAUAAGGAUGCUGGGGAUUACAGAUGUAAAGCCAAAAAUCUGGCAGGGAUGUCGGAAGCUGUGGUUACUGUGACAGUUGUGGGUAUUGUUACGACCACCCUAUCACCAGAUACUUCAGAAAGAAGCCCCGGAGAGCACCCUGAACAGCAGUAUUCCCAGCCUGGAUUAGGAAGAUCAACACCUCCAUCUAAAUCCUGGUUAUCACCGGGACUCUCUUCUGCUUCUUCCUACCCCACACCCUCAGCAGCUCUCUCUGCGUCUACAUUGCCUCCUCCUCCCUCCUCUUUGCCUCCCGUCUUCUCAGCUGCUUCUGCAACCACCAGUGUAAAAACCAGCAUCUCAGGAAGCACCAACAGGACUAGUCACCAGCCACCCCUGCUCCAAGCCGGUAGGAAAAGCAAUGCGAAGAUAGAGAAGAACGGAAGGAAGUUUCCUCCACUCAGCGCAAGUAAGAAAGAAGAGUUGGCGUUGUUGGAUCAGGCCGCGCCAAUGGAAACAAACGUCACUAUCAAAGACCUCAGGGUGGCCCGCAAAACGGGCGUCAGUGUGACUCUGACGUGGAACAGCAGCAGCAGCAGCAGCAGCAGCAGCAGCAGCAGCAGCAGCAGCAGCAGCAGCAGCAGCAGCAACAGCACACAGGAGUCCGCCGUGACUGUGCUGUAUUCUAAAUAUGGCGAGAAGGACCUGCUGCUAGUGAGUGCAGACUACGGCAAAAACCAGGCAACCAUAAAUGGUCUGGAGCCCGGCAGUCAGUAUGUGGCAUGUGUCUGUCCGAAAGGAAUGGGUCCCCGGGAGGAUCAGUGUAUCACCUUUUCUACCAACAGGGUAGAGGGGCGUGACUCACAGUGGUCAUUGCUCAUCGUGGUGACCAGUACUGCCUGUGUUAUUGUGGUACCCCUAAUCUGUUUCUUAUUAUACAAAGUCUGCAGACUGCAAUGUUCAUCAGACCCUUUCUGGGAAGAUGAUUUGUCAAAAGAGACGUAUAUCCAAUUUGAGACCCUGUCACCCAGGUCACAGAGUGUAGGGGAGCUCUGGACACGGAGGCACAAAGACGAUGGGGAAAAGUUGCUGCUAUGCCCCAGGUCAAGUGUGGACUCUCAGAUGAAUCUUAUAAGCGACGGCUGUAGAGCGGAGUAUUAUGGCUGAGGUUUUGCAGGUGAAGCGAACGUGAACAAAGAAGCGUGGGAACUAAGGCUGCAACGUCCUCUGUUGGGCGACUUUUGGACAGACGUCCAUGUGGUCUGUGAGAAUCACAAAUGGGGUGUUUUUUGAUGUAUUUAAUUUUUUUAGUUGAGAAACAUCUCAACUAAAACAACAGAUGAUCUUGAAUUUUAUUCCAUGGAUGACGUCUGUAUAAAUAAUUUUCCAGUGGUAUUUAAGAAGCUUGUCAUAAUUUUAGGGAAACCCAGUUCCUAAAAUUAAUUGACAAUAUUCACGGUAGGCAAACUCUGCAUUUAAGGAGAGAGAAUAUUUUGAACAGUGGAAGAACAUUAGCAUAACCAGCCAAGGCUGAUGGCUCCGGAUGUUCAAAGUGCUUUUGAAGGUUUGCUGUGGGCGUUUGCCGCCACGGUCUGGUGCAUGACUGUGAGAUUCUAAUGAAUCUUGGGUCUAGAAAUAGUGAAAAGAUCAUAACAAACACAACAUUUCUAUAGAAUUAGUGGUUGUAUUUAACACAGUUGAUAGACUGUAUGGGUCUCAUGAUGUCUGAAUGGGUCUCAUGAUGUGUUAGUUUAAGAACAACAUCCUUAAUUUCUUUCAUUUCCUCCUCUUAAUCUCACUGUCUUCCUUUAAAACUUCCCCCUUAAGGGUAAGAAGAUGCACAGGCGCCUAAGGACUCUAAGCUCAGCUGUCUCCGCCCCGGUGUAUUUAUUCUCUGGUAGAGCACAGGCCUUUGAGAUUUCUUUACUGCUGUUGUUGUUGAGGUGUAGUGGUUUCCUCUUUUAUUUUUUUUCAUGUUUAUAUGGAUUGAUGUUUUGCCUCACCAUACAUUUGGGGACCACAUGUGUGCCCAGUGCCCUCAGAGGAUAGAAGUGGGCAUCUGGGACUGGAGAUUAGACAACUCAUUCAUUACUGUAUGAUGAAUGGGUCAAAGGAAAUCAAGAAAGAAAGAAAGAAAGAAAGAAAGAAAGAAACAAACAAACAAACAAACAAACAAAAUCACAAACAGGAGGAGCACUCUUCAAGUCACUCUAUCAGCCAGUUUUGUGCUAAUACCAGACCAGGUAAAGACACAGCAGUCAAAGGAACGGUGUUGUAAAGCAGGAGAGCUAGCACGCGGUCAAGCAGGAGAAAGAGGCCAAUAGCCCUGGCGAACAUAGAUUCAAAAUUACUCAGUAAAAUGCUUGCAAACCAAGUGUAGACAUCCAUCAAAAAGAUCACUCACCAUGGUUGAGUUGGCUAUAUCCUUGACAUGCAGGGGUAUAGUUCAACGCAUGCAACUCAAUAAGUAUCGAUAACAAUUAU